AUGAGUCUUAUUCACCUGGCCAGGAGACGGACGGAGACGUCGGGUUUAUCACCAGUAUUAACUUCUUGCACAGGCAGGGUCAAGCCUCUCACAGGCAAGGUCAAACCUCUCACAGGCAAGGUCAAACCUCUCACAGGCAAGGUCAAGCCUCUCACAGGCAAGGUCAAACCUCUCACAGGCAAGGUCAAACCUCCCACAGGCAAGGUCAAACCUCCCACAGGCAAGGUCAAACCUCUCACAGGCAAGGUCAAACCUCUCACAGGCAAGGUCAAACCUCCCACAGGCAAGGUCAAACCUCCCACAGGCAAGGUCAAACCUCUCACAGGCAAGGUCAAACCUCUCACAGGCAAGGUCAAACCUCCCACAGGCAAGGUCAAACCUCCCACAGGCAAGGUCAAACCUCUCACAGGCAAGGUCAACCCUCCCACAGACAAGACGAAUCCUCCCACAGACAAGACCAACCCUCCCACAGACAAAACCAACCCUCCCACAGACAAGACCCACCCUCCCACAGACAAGACCCACCCUCCCACAGACAAGACCAACCCUCCCACAGACAAGACCAACCCUCCCACAGGCAAGACCAACCCUCCCACAGACAAGACCAACCCUCCCACAGCUAAUACUCACCCCUUACGCAGGGAAGUAAUUAAGAUGGGCGUCAGGGAGCUACCAUUAGCCUAA